UCCGCGCAGGAACGGGGAAAAUACAACUGCGGAUCUUAUCGGAAAGUUUUAGGUAUUCUGAUUUCAUUUCGACUGCUUUUUUUUCUCCCCCUCCCCCAUACAAGUGAAAUUGCGAUCGUUUGUGUAGGCGGAGAGCGGUAUCGCCGGCCGGGAGCAGUUUGUGCCGAGCAUGGCUCCAACUAUUCAGACGCAAGCUCAGCGCGAAGACGGCCACAGCAGGAAUUCCUCACACAGAACUGUUCCAGAGAGGUCAGGAGUAGUUUGUCGUGUGAAAUACUGCAACAGCUUACCUGACAUCCCCUUCGACCCCAAAUUCAUCACAUAUCCAUUUGACCAGCACAGGUUUGUGCAGUAUAAAGCCACCUCUCUAGAAAAACAGCAUAAGCAUGAGCUCCUAACCGAACCAGACCUUGGGGUUACCAUUGAUCUCAUUAACCCAGACACCUAUCGUAUAGACCCCAGCAUUCUCUUGGAUCCAGCCGAUGAAAAGCUUCUGGAAGAGGACAUCCAGGCUCCAUCAAGUUCGAAAAGAUCUCAACAGCACGCCAAGGUGGUCCCAUGGAUGAGAAAGACGGAGUACAUUUCCACAGAGUUUAACAGAUAUGGUGUCUCUAAUGAGAAGGUGGAAGUCAAAAUUGGUGUAUCUGUCAAACAACAGUUCACAGAAGAGGAGAUCUACAAAGACAGAGACAGUCAGAUUUCUGCCAUUGAGAAGACCUUUGAGGAUGCACAGAAACCGAUCGCCCAACACUACAGUAAACCCAGAGUUACUCCUGUGGAGGUGUUACCUGCGUUCCCUGAUUUCAAGAUGUGGAUCAACCCAUGUGCUCAGGUCAUCUUUGACUCUGAUCCUGCACCCAAAGACAUGUCAGCACCUGCAGGAGUGGAAAUGAUGUCUCAGGCCAUGAUCAGAGGUAUGAUGGAUGAGGAAGGAAAUCAGUUCGUGGCCUACUUCUUGCCCAACGAGGAAACACUCCGUAAGCGCAAGAGAGACAUGGAAGAGGAAAUGGAUUAUAUGCCAGAUGAAUUGUAUGACUACAAGAUAGCCAGGGAAUACAACUGGAACGUGAAAAACAAAGCCAGCAAGGGCUAUGAAGAAAACUACUUCUUCAUCUUCAGAGAUGGAGAUGGCGUUUACUACAAUGAGCUCGAGACCAGAGUGCGUCUGAGCAAGAGGAGAGCCAAGGCUGGAGCACAGUCCACCACAAACGCUGUGCUGGUCUGCAAGCACAGAGAUAUGAACGAGAAGGAGUUAGAAGCCCAGGAAGCGCGUAAAGCUCAGCUGGAGAACCACGAGCCAGAAGAUGAAGAGGAAGACCUGGACAAAGACCUGCAGGACUCAGGUGAUGACAAAGAGAAGGGCAGCGGGAGUGAGGCAGAGAACUCCGACAGCGACUCCGACAGGGAGGACGAGGAGAGGGAGCCCAGAGGGGAGGAUGAAGACGAGGACGAGGAAGGAGAGAAGCGGCGGAGGAAAGCCAGCGGCAGUGGUAGUGAGAGUGGCGAGGAGAGGACCCGAGAGAUGCGCGACGAGGAAGAAAUCUUUGGGAGUGACGAUGACAGCGAGGACAAUGAGCCCAAGAACUCUGCCAGGAGCAGCGGGGAGGAGGGCAGCGGGAGCGAGGACGAGGGAGGGGACAGGGGGGGCAGGAGGAGCGUCAGUGGCUCCCCGGCUCACAGUGACCACAGCAGCGAGCACUCGGAAGUCCGGGCUCAGAGCGGAAGCGGGAGUGAGCAAGGCUCCGAUUCCAGCGACGCCAGUGACAGUGAAUGAGGUCCUGUGUGUAGGCAGUGUGGUGACGCCAUCCUGCCGUUUCCUUUUAUUCAGCGCCGAACACCUAGUUUUAAAGAGCUUCGUCUUCUUCAUAGGAAUGCUGUUGCCCAUAGCACAGACGGUGGUCUGUCUUGAAAACUGAAGGUAAAAAGUGUAACGUGUAAGAGGGAAAUGCCCGUGGCUCUUACCUACCUGUGCAGACUGGUGAAUUGAUUUUCUUUAAAUAUAUUUUGAUUUGUAGGUUAAGCUUCUACUCGACAGCAAUUAUUUGUCAACAAAACUUCUUUUUCUUAAUGUCAAGAAAAACAAACUUCUUCUUUAUCAACCUAGGAACAGUUUUUCCUUGUUCUCUGAACUGUUAACAUGCUUUGAAACGGCUAAUAAAAUACAGAUAACACUUUUGUAAA